AUGACAGAAAACGGCAAGAGAAAAGAUGCCCCGGGCGGCGGAGGGGACUCGCGGUCGAAGAAGAAAAAGACCGGAAACGCUGGCAAAUGGAAGACCUCCCACCAGCAGGCCAAAGUGCUAGCCCAGGACUCCCACCUCCAACCGGGCGAUACCGGCGUCUGGGUCACUUGUGCCCGGCACCAGGAGGCUAAGGCCGCGAGGGAGAUUGGGGUUUUGUUUUCGGAGUACGCCGAGAAACUCUACGACAUCAAAUCCAUUCAUGAUGCACAGCCUAGCGGCGGCGACGAUGAUGGCGCCGAAGACGAUAUUGAAGCGGCCAUCGCAAGAGAGGUCGCCGCUCUCACUGCUAAACCCACCCCCACUUCCGGCGGGACAUCCCCCGAGGAACCCAACCGGAUGACACCCCUGAAGAUGAACGUCGACUGCCUGCUCUACGUCAAGACGCAGCCGCCCGUGGACCCUGUCGCAUUUGUGCGCAGGAUAUGUGAGGACGCGAGGCGCUGCGGUGAGCUGCCGGGGCUGAUGAGGUGCCGCUAUGUCAACCGGCUGACGCCCAUCAGUGUCAUGGGGAAGGCGUCAGAGAAUGGAUUAGUCGAGGUUGCGAAGGAGGCGCUGAAGGGGUGGUUUGAUUUGGGGGGGAAGCGGGGGACUGAGGGCGAGAUCAAGUCGACGGUAGAAGGAGAGUUGGCGGGUGAUGGUGAUGGCAAGAAGGACACUACGGAAGCCCACAGCCGGGCGCCUGUUUCCGAAGAGGCGGGAUCCGAGAAAAAGCCAUUCACAUUCGCCAUCCGGCCAACUAUCCGCAACCACAGCAAUUUGAAGCGAGAUGUGGUGAUCAAUACGGUUGCUCGACUCAUCAACGACGAUCUUCAUAAGGUCAACCUCACCUCGCCGGACAAAGUUAUUCUCAUCGAUAUCUAUCAGGUAAAUUUGACGAGCCGACGGGGUCCCUGGCUCACACCGGAUCCUGGUGGACACCGGCCCGAGGCGUUCCAGCGACACGGGUCUGGGCUCGGGGAGUGUUCCUGGGCUGAGACACCACAUCCCUCGCUCGUGGAGCACGCUUGGGAGCCAAGAGGCAUGCUGUGA